GCAACACUGACUCAGUGUACUUUGGAAUUUGGAUUUAUCUGUUUAUCACAUCUUGUUAUCGUAAUUUCAAUUAUAAUUUACUUACUACUAUUAAUUAAAUUAAUUGUAUCGACUUAUUACAUCUAAAUACAAUGAAUCAAUUCGGAUUAAUAGCUAGAAACUUCUCUAGUUCUAGUGCAGUGCAAAGUGCAAUCAAAAAUGUUACAGUUAUUGGAGGUGGUUUGAUGGGCUCCGGGAUCGCUCAGGUGAGCGCCCAGGCUGGUCAGAAUGUGAUCCUUGUAGAUGUCAGCAAUGAUGUGCUGGCCAAGGCCCAGAAGUCUAUCGGUAACAAUCUUGGCCGAGUUGCUAAGAAAGUAUACAAAGAUAAACCUCAAGAGGGUGAAAAGUUUGUUGCCGACUCCUUAGCAAGGAUCAAGACAUCUACUGAUCCUGUUGAAGCAUCAAAGACAUCUGAUUUGGUUGUGGAGGCCAUUGUUGAGAAUAUAGAUGUGAAGCAUAAACUAUUUAAGCAGUUGGAUGAGGUUGCUCCAAAUCAUACAAUCUUUGCAUCCAACACAUCUUCAUUGUCCAUAACAGAAAUUGGGUCUGUUGUGAAGAGGAAAGACAGAUUUGGAGGUCUACAUUUCUUCAACCCAGUGCCAAUUAUGAGGCUCCUGGAGGUGAUUAAGGGAGCAGACACCUCAGAUGCAACAUUCAAUACCAUGCUGGAGUGGGGCAAGGCAGUUGGGAAGACCUGUGUCUCUUGUAAGGACACUCCUGGAUUUAUUGUCAACAGAUUGCUGGUGCCAUAUCUGUGUGAAGCGAUCAGACUAUAUGAGAGAGGAGAUGCGUCAGCGCGGGAUAUCGACAUUGCCAUGAAAUUGGGCGCCGGCUAUCCUAUGGGCCCACUGGAGCUGGCUGACUACGUAGGUCUGGACACCAACAAGUUCAUCCUGGACGGUUGGCACAAGAAGUACCCCGAACAACCUCUCUUUAAACCAAUCCCGUUGUUGAAUAAAUUGGUAGCUGAAGGAAAACUUGGCAUUAAAACCGGCGAGGGAUUCUAUAAGUAUGAUAAGAAAUAAGUUUGUAUAAGUGUAUUUUUGUAUGAUUAUAUUUUUACCUCUAUAUACCCCAUAAGAGACCCAGCGUGAAUAUACAAUUAGAUAUUUUUUGAAGUAUUUAUGUAGUGUUUAUAUGAGAGAUUUAUUGUUAUUGUUGAUACAAUUAU